CACCACGCCACAACUUCAAUGGGUGCCUCAUCAUCAAAAGCAGCACGCAGCCUGCCAACCAAGACGCCCAGCGCAGUGCACCCGCUGCCAGCGGCGACCCGCGUUCCUCCUCCUCCGCCCGUGUCGGAGGCCGUCGAACAGGCCGUCCCUCCACCUUCCUCCUCCACCCGGCCCGUCGAUGCCGCACCCCAAGAGGACUUUGUGUACGGCGGCUUGAGGGAGCGGCCCGGGGGAUCGCCCGGCCCAUCCUUCAGCGGCGAGAAGGACGAUGCCAUCCUCAAGGAUGCCAUGGACCCGCAGUUCUUGGCCAACCUAUCGAGGCUAGGCCCUGUCGCUGUGCCCCAAGUCAGCCGUCUCGUCCGCACACCCCCGAGGGCGCAGCGAACGUUGAAUGCCCGCAAGGACGAGUACACCCGACCAACGGUCACUCCUCCGCCUGGAACUCUUACCGCGGCGAUGCUCACCUCAUUGUUGGACGAGCUCAAGGUGUUGCCACCCGGUGCCGACCCGUCAAGAGUGUACCGCCAGUAUGGGCUUACCGCCGAGCAGCUCGCACCAGUCCGCCGCUGGGUCAACAGCCCCAGUGUUGGAGACGAGGAGCUCCUGGACGUCAGGGACGGAGGCAACAUGCAGGUCGAGCAGACCGUGGAGUUGAAGGCGGUGUGGGUGACGCCGCAGGAUAAGGGAGCUAGCAGCCCAUAGUGUGGACGACGGUAGGGGGUGAGGAGCUUACCUGCGAGGCUAAUUCGCGCCUGGGCGCUGAUGUCACUCUACUCAUGACACAAGGGGUGUGGGCGUGGGACUGUGGAGCCGAAGCGACGGCGAGGCGACGGUGGGACACACGCUGAGGCACGC